GAGGCUGCGCACUAGGGCCCUCAGCGGUCCCACCUGCAGUUCCCGGGGCUGGAACUGGCUGCUUAACUCGCUGGCACUGUGCUCUUCGCUUUCGCCCUCCGCAGCACUAUGGGGCUGGCGCCGCGCACCCUGGAACUGUUCUACGACGUCCUGUCCCCCUACUCCUGGCUGGGAUUUGAGGUCCUGUGCAGGUACCAACACCUCUGGAACAUCAAGCUGCAGCUGCGUCCCACGUUGAUCGCUGGGGUCAUGAAUGACAGCGGAAAUAAACCACCAGCCCUGGUUCCCCGAAAAGGCCUGUACAUGAGCAAAGAUCUUCCUCUCCUGGGGCAACAAUUCCAGGUUCCCAUCAGUAUGCCCAAGGAUUUCUUCGGUGUGAUUCUGAAGAAAGGAACUAUAAAUGCCAUGCGCUUCCUCACCGCUGUGAGCAUGGAGCAGCCAGAGAUGUUGGAGAAGGUGUCCAGAGAGCUGUGGAUGCGUGCUUGGUCUCGAGAUGAAGAUAUCACGGAGUCCCAGAGCAUCCUGGCUGCUGCGCAGAAGGCAGGAAUGGCCACAGAGCAAGCCCAAAACUUUCUGGAGAAAAUAAACACAGCGCAGGUGAAGGACAAACUCAAGGAGACCACUGAGGCAGCUUGCAAAUACGGGGCCUUUGGGCUGCCCGUCACCGUUGCCCACGUGGAUGGUAAAACCCACAUGCUAUUUGGCUCCGAUCGCAUGGAGUUGCUAGCUUACCUGCUAGGAGAGAAGUGGAUGGGCCCUGUACCCACAACUCAAUGUGCCAGACUUUAAGUUUGCCUUCAGAAGUAAACUUCGAUUUCUCUGUUUGACAAAGCUGGCUUCCAUGGCUGGCCCUGUGGGCUGACGCAGGAGUCUGCCUUAGCUGUGCCUGCCUUUACUUCUGUGCCUCACAAGGGCCUUUUGGAGAGUCUUGGGUUCCUCAUUCCCGUAAAAUAAACCUGAUGCCACUAGACAAAA